AUGGACGGGUAUCAACCUGGUUCUGAUGAUUCUAAAGCCGAGCAGGUUGAUAAAUAUGCUAUGAAAUCAAAGUUGGAGCAAAUUUUCGCAGCUUUUGAUAAAGAAAGCCGUGGGAGAAUUGCUACCAAAUAUCUCCUUUCUAUGAUAGAAGAAUACGAACGGAAUCAAUCCGAAAGUCUUUUAAAUGACGAUACUAGACCCACGUUUCAGAACUUCUCUGGUCCUACAGCUUCUUCGGAAUCAAGUUCUAGAAGAAUCAAAUUUAGAUCACUUCGGCCGAAUUGGCGAAAUAGACCAAAUGCACCAGUUGGAAAUAGAGAUGGCUCUAUGGCCUUUCAUCAAGAACCUGAUUAUGGAGAAGAUUCUUUUACUGCUUCAAAACCUCCAAAUCGUACCAGACGUUUAUCUUCGUCUGGAUUAUACGAAUCACCUGCCAUGAUGUCUCCAUCUUUUGCUAGUCCUUUUGAUCCUCAGGAAGAAAUCGUCGAGUCUUUUGAGGGGAGUGGCGGAAUUGACGAGGCUGUUUCUAGUUUAAUAACAAGUAAUAAUAAUGACGAUCCUGCUAUUCAACUCAGCCGCCUUUAUCGUCAUACCGUUGAUCUUACCAAGCGUCUCAAAGAAUCUGAACGUCAUUUGGCUUCCGUAGCCCGUCAACAUGAGGAUCGUAUCGAAGAAUUACAACACAAAUUAGAUGAAACAAAAGCAGACUUGAAUGCUAAAAAACGAGAAAUACAGAAAGUAGCAAAGAAUUUAACUAGCCAGAGGCAACUUUAUCAGCAACUUAAGAAAUCAUACGAAGAGCAAUGCGAUGAAGCCGAAAAUUUGAAAAUUCUUUGGAAUGAUGAUCGUGACCGUUUGGAAGAUAAAUUAAUGAAACUGGAAAUGGCUGCUCAAAGACUCGAGGCCGAACUUAGUAAUGAGAAUCUGCACUUAAAAGAAACUAUUGAUAAAUUAAGACUUGAGUUGGAGGAAAUGGAAAGAAGUAGCAGAGUGUUUACUGAAUCUGAAGUUGUCAGUGAUAUGGAAAACGUAAACAACAACAAGGAGAACCUGCAAACCGAAAUGAUUAAUCAGGUACUUGCGUCGAUAGAAGAAGGUGGUUCAGACUCAAACACAGAUGAUUUAAGAGAUCGACAACUUAUUAAGACUCAACGAAGGCGUAACGACACAUUAGAUAUAAACGCUAGUGAAGAACAAUCGCAUUCGCGAUCCGGUGAACUAGACAGAUAUCGUGGUACAGAUAUCGACCAUAAUAACCGAAAACAAGGUGGAUCACGAAGUCGCCGUCAAGUAACAGACAUUAACGGAAUUACACGAAAUACCUCUGGUAGGGAUGUCGAAUCUCAAUAUCAAAUAUUAUCUUCAGAAUUGGGGGUUCAAUAUGCCUUGAUUGAAGGUAUUUUAAGGAACCGAGAUAUACCAAGUCCUCAUGAUAAAAGAGAUAGAGAUAGACAAAUUAGGAAUAAUAAUGUUGACGGUGAUAGUACCGAUCUAGUGAGACAUCCGAAACUUUCACGUCAAUCACCAAGAAAAAGCAAGCGACGAGCACCAGUUCCAGAAAUAGAGCCACAGUCGUCGGAAAAAAUCGAACCGAAUAUGCAAUCCUCAAAAGCCCUUGUCCCGCGUAAUCAAAAUAUGACUGUCGGCCAACACAAUGUGGUGGUCAACAGCACAGUUACAUUCGCAUUAUACACACUUGUAAUCUAUCUUUUCGGAAUUAUUACAUCUGUGUUUGUUCUCGAUACCAACCAAGGGACUAUUACGUAUAGUGAUUGGUUACCUCAUGAUGUAGUUGAUGAUGGCUGGACUAUGCGUUCAUUUCAAAUUAUAUUGUAUUGGAUCGAAACGUUAUUAAAUGAUGGAAAUAUGAGAGUUCCUACGUAA